GAUAACAGGAUCUCCAUUUGGUCUGUUGGAGAUCUUGGAAAUGUGGGCCUCAAUGGUGAUUAUCAAGGCGAGCCUCAGCUGCUGUGUGACAUCAGGCACAACGGUGAUGUUAUGGACAUGCAGUUUUUGGAUCAAGAGAGAAUCGUGGUUGCCUCAUCAACAGGAACUGUAACUGUAUUCCGUCAUCAUCAAAAUAACCAGACUUUAUCUGCCAACCAGCGGUGGGAGAAAGCCCAUUAUCACGUGGAUCAAGACACAUCUUGUGGUGGAGCAGCAUGUACCGGAGUCAUGUGCAACAACCCAGAAAUUGUCACUGUUGGAGAGGAUGGUAGAAUAAAUUUCUUCAGAGCUGACCAAAAGGAUGCAGUAAGAACUAUAGACAAUGCAGACAGCAGUACGCUCCACGCAGUGACUUUCCUUCGCACAACUGAGAUCUUGACAGUAAAUUCAAUUGGACAGUUAAAAAUAUGGGACCUCAGACAGCAAAGAAAUGAGCCAUCUCAAAUAUUUUCUUUGACAGGUGAUAGAGUUCCACUGCACUGUGUGGACAGGCAUCCCAAUCAGCAGCAUAUUGUGGCCACAGGAGGCCAGGAUGGGAUGCUGAGUAUAUGGGACAUCAGGCAGGGUACUAUGCCAGUGUCCCUGCUAAAUGCUCAUGAAGCAGAAAUGUGGGAAGUUCACUUCCAUCCCUCCAACCCCGAUCACUUAUUUACGUGUUCUGAAGAUGGAUCUCUUUGGCACUGGGAUACUUCCACAGACAUAUCUGAAAAACCAUCUUUUCUUCAUCAAGGAGGAAGAAGUACUGCCUAUUUUUCCCACAAUACCAUUAACCAGUCUGUAGUAAGUGCCUGGCUAAGCAACGAUCCUACCAAAGACCGCAUGGAAAUCACCAACUUAAUUCCAAAUCAGACUUUGUCUGUGAAUAGUUUAGAUAUUUUAGGACCAUGCCUAGUAUAUGGUACUGAUGCAGAGGCUAUUUAUGUGAACAGACAACUUUUUGCAUGAAAUGACUCCAGUAUCCCUUUGAAGUACUGGUCACCUUGAACUACUGGGAAAUGUCAGGUUCAUUCUUAAUGAUACUCAUUAGUCUGUUAUCAGCGUGUG